CAGCUCAAAGAGUUCAACAAAUUCCAUGCUGCCCUUCAGCGGCGAAGAGAGGAAUUCCAAAAGAAGGUAGAACAACUGACACCAGAAGCACGUGCUGCUCAUGAAAAACUCACGAAACUUCGAGAGGAAAGACAUAAGAUAUUCAUGGAGGCUAGUGAGAGCGUCAGAGCCGAAUUGAAUCAGCUUUAUCACGAUGAUCGAGUAAAGAUGAGAGAAGGAAGACGACGCCAUUGA